UAGGUACCUGAACCUUACUAGUGCAUACUUUGAAUUACAGCAUUUGAAAAGCAACAAAAUAACAUCAGGUUCACUUCUUUCAAGUGAGAAGUAGGUACAUGCAAAAUAAUUCCACUAUAAUUUCACUUCCACCCCCUGGGUUUUGUUAUGAUUGUGGCGUUAGUCAGCUUAGUGUUCUGACUGUGGGUAGGUGGGGUCACACAACAAGCCAAGAUGGCCGAUUUUGAGGAGCCUCUAUCAGAAGAAGAGAAGGUCCGCAUAGCGGCUAACUUCGUUACCCAUGCACCCCCUGGAGAGUUCAACGAAGUUUUCAACGAUGUGCGGAUUCUCCUCAACAAUGACAACCUGCUCAGGGAGGGCGCGGCUCAUGCUUUUGCCCAGUACAACAUGGAUCAGUUCACCCCUGCCAAACUUGAGGGCUAUGAUGAACAGGUCCUGAUUACAGAGCAUGGGGAUCUGGGUCAGGGGCGCUUCCUAGACCCUCGGAACCGGGUGUCGUUCCGCUUCGACCACCUAAGGAAGGAGGUGAGCGAUGUGCAGCCAUACGACGGAGACAGCUCACUGAGAGCUUGGAGAGAGGCCUGCGACACCGCGCUCAGCGCCUACGUUAAAGAGCACUACCCCAGCGGAGUCUGCACGGUAUAUGGGAAAACAGUUGAUGGUCAGCAAACCAUCAUUGCCUGCAUUGAGGGACACCAGUUUCAACCCAAAAACUUCUGGAAUGGGCGCUGUAGGUCAGAGUGGAAGUUCACCAUUGGUCAGUCCACUGCUCAUGUAGUGGGAGUGUUGAAGAUACAGGUGCACUACUAUGAAGAUGGUAAUGUGCAGUUGGUCAGCCAUAAGGAAGUGGAGGAGUCUAUAACAGUGACUAAUGAGAGCCAGACUGCCAAGGAGUUUGUGGAUAUCAUUGAGAAUGCUGAAAAUGAUUACCAGACGGCGAUCAGUGAGAACUACCAGACUAUGUCUGACACCACCUUCAAGGCCCUGCGCCGCCAGCUGCCCGUCACGCGCACCAAGAUCGACUGGAACAAGAUCCUCAGCUACAAGAUUGGCAAGGAGAUGCAAAAUGCAUAGAGGAGCAGAGACUCACACUGCUGAGCUGGCAACACACACACGCUCGCGCAAGGACUAACCAAAGCAUAUAUAUAGAUAUAUAUAUAUAUAUAUAUAUCAUAGUCUGGGGCAAAGCAAAGAAAAAAUAAACAAACCAAGCUGCAGAUUGACAGUCUGUUGGGCACAGUUCUGUCUUGUUUAAAGAAGCUUUGGUUUAGGAGAAAAAUGACAUUAAGUGUCUGAGUUACAGGAGGGGAGUUUGAGUCUGCUAAAGGGGUGCUGAGUUUCAUGUUGUAAUGUUGUGACAGUCUUGAACAGCUGCACCAAGACCCCAGGUUGAAUGGUUUUACAGUGCAUCCUUCCUUCUGUUCUUGAUGUAGGAGACACUCCUUAUUCUUAUCCAAUCACAUACAGAUCAGUGAUUACCUCAAGGAAGGAAGAAUGCAUUGUAAAAUAAUUUAAACAUGACAAUUAAGCACACCAACCAGGGGAAGUAUUCCAAUAAUGUUAAUUUCAGCACCAUUUCACCUCUAAACAGUACUGACUGGUCCUCGAUUAUAGUAAUGUUUGAGGGAACUGUUUUACUUGUUUUCUAAUGUACUCUUCCACUUCCUGUUGUAUGUGUCCUCUGCUUGAGCCAAUGAAGGAUAUCAUGGCUGAAAGACUGUAUCAUAACCACCUCUGUUUCUGAAUCAAUUAUCUUCUGUCUUACCUUGGCAACAACACAACCAUUGCUGUAUCCUUUCUCCAUUGAUAAAGGAAAACCAUACCAAUAUUUGUUUGCCAAAAUCUCUUUCCUAUGCUGAAGAACUCCAUACAUGCGAAGCUCCCCUUACUCCCAUGGAUACACGCAGAUCUAUAUUUUGCUAUGCAGGUUUUUAUUUAAUUGAAUCUUAGGCUCAGCCCAUCUGUAAUAUUCACACCUGUGUUUAGGUACCUAAACUAUACACAGCCAUUUCAGUACUUAGUGUAAACCAGGGGCUUGUUCAGGAGGGUCCAAUGUUACAUUUACAUUUACGUCAUUUAGCAGACGCUCUUAUCCAGUUACAAAAUGUUUUAAAUGUGUUUUGUAGGACAGACACACUCCUCUGUCAUACUGAAUAAAGACUUGUGUGCUCUAUACUGUAAAUAUCUCUGCAAACCGUGCUUCCCACUGAACACACCCCUGUUCAUCCACAACAUGCACCUACUCAAUAUUACCAUAGGCUGACUCGAGAUCAGUUAUUCUGUGCUGUGUUUAACUCUCACACUGACUACCGCUGCACUCAGAUCAGAUGCAAUGUUUAGGACUGUACUGCCCCAUACUGUUGUACAAAUAAAAUAAUUGAUCAUCUUG